AUGCAUAAGAGAAAGAAGGAGCUGAUAUUAUUCACAGACGACGUCUACGCACUACAGCGCUUGAAUGGUACAACUCGGUACGAGGUUGGGGGAGCUUUUGCAUCCCUUGUGAACACAAUCUGCGACCUGUCACAACUUGUGGCUAUGCAGGACAUUCACCUUGAGCUGCAUUGGAGUCCGGGGCACAGUAAAAUCCCGGGAAAUGAAGCCGCCCAUGACAUGGCGAGAAAGGCACAGGAAGACCUUGUUUCGUCUAGCUCUAAAAAAGAUAGCAAGAGCAAGCUUGGGAAUCAUACGGUGGUAAAGGAUGAGCAGCAAAAGGAAUGCUCAGUUCUCGGAUCAACUCUCUCAUUUGCUGGAUCCGAGGUCACGGGUCUCUUUGCAUCCCCCCUCAACUUUCCCGACCAUCUGUCCUUGCCCACCCGACAAGGCCCCUCUGCCGUGCCAAUUACCCCCGUCCCAGUUCCAGCAGUCAAUUCUACUCCCUCUAUCUCAAACAAUUUGCCACAGUAG